AUGACUGAAGAAAAAGAGGUGCAAGCUGAAAAUAACGAGAGUCAAGAUAAAGAAAAUAAAAAUGAGGACGAACAAAACAAAAAUGCAGAAGUUGAUAACGCAGAAGAAGAAUCAGAAUUGGACAGUAGUAUAAUUCGUCAAAUCGAAUACUAUUUCGGUGACCUUAACUUACCAAGAGACAAAUUUCUAAGAGAGCAAGUCAAACUUGAUGAUGGCUGGGUGCCGCUGGAAGUAUUGACCAGAUUUAACAGACUUGCAAAACUGUCGACUGACAUCGGAGUUAUAGCAAAUGCUAUCAGCAAAUCCACAUCAGGUCUUCUAGAGAUAUCCGAUGACAAUCAAAAAGUCCGACGGAAUCCUGAAUUACCGAUACCUGAGAUGAAUGAAGAAAGACGCAAAGAGUUAGUUUCUAGAACAAUCUAUGCUAAAGGAUUCGGUAAAGACACUUCCCUUGACGACAUACUAAAGUAUUUCAAGCAGUUUGAAGAAGUUGAGAACAUUAUUAUGAGGAAAUAUCAAGAUAGGAAGACAAAGGAACGCAUUUUCAAGGGUUCUGUUUUUGCUACUUUUAAGACAAAAGAUCAGGCAGAUAAAUUUAUGGAGACAAAGGAUCAUAAAUUUAAUGAUACUGACUUACUGGUUAUGUGGCAAGAUGCAUACUUAGAGAAGAAGAGGGAGGAAUAUGCAAAUUUUUCAGCAAACAAAAAGAAUAAGAAUAAAAAUAGUGAAUCAGAGCAAAAAGAGAAAAAUGAAUUCAAACUGCCGACUGGUACAGUGCUUCACUUCAGUCAGGGUCAUGACAAGAUGACCAGAGAAGAUGUGAAAGAUGCCCUCACUCCAUUAGGUAGCGAGGUGGCUUUUAUCAGCUUUAAGGUGGGAGACACAGAAGGUUGGGUCCGUCUGGCUAAUGAGGGUGAUGCUAAGAAAGUAGCCGAGAAGAUUCCGGAUGGAAAAAUCAAGAUCGGCGAAUCUGAGGUCGUUUUCCGGGUGUUAGAAGGCGAAGAAGAAAAGAAUUACCUCGAUAAGACUAUAGAAGAAAUGUCAAAGAGGCGACAGAACAUGAAGAAACAGAAAAAAGGUGGCAAACCACAGUACAGGAAAAGGAAACAGGAUAAUCACGACGAUGCACCAAGAGCUAAAACAAGAGCCAGCUAA